GUCACUUUUACAGACGUCAAACUUGUUGAGAGAAAAGUCAAAUAAAGAAAUAAAUUGCUUCCGUAUUUAUUUGAUUGAUGUUAAAAGGGAAUAAUUAUUUAAUUUUGCAACUUUGCAUCCAAGUUUUAUUACAAUUCAACCUUCGAGUUAUGUGUGUAAUUUAGCUCAUCCUAAUUAAAAUUUGUAUAGACACUAUUUUAGAAAUCAGAAAUAACCCAGUUAUGGCAAAUCCCAAUAACAAGACGACAAAUUGGUUGUCACGCCUACGGCAGUUGAGGAUACGAAGGGCGUCCGUUGAUAACAUAGAAAAUGGAAAUGAUACGGAGGAACCUGUGGUGUAUAGAAGAGGGAUGUCGUACAGUACGGAUUCAAUGUCCCAGAACCAAAGAAAUAGCAGCAGUGUCAGGAGAAGUAUUAUUAAAAUGCAUUUAAGGGUGAAGAAUGCUUUCAGAGGGGCGAGCAGUAAUACUAAUAGACUUAGCGUACCAACUCAUUCCACUUCUUCUCAUUCACCAAGUAGAGUUACUCUUGCAUCAAAUAUACAACACAAAGAAAACAUAUACUCUAUUGAACCAAUAAGAAAUACUUUCAUUUUUCCUCAUAUUGAGGAAACCAGUCGUCCAUCUCCGAUUCCAGUCCAGGCCAUAGUAGAAGAACCUCAGCCGCAAAGCUUAACAGCCCCUGUGAUACCGCCUCGUCGAAGGAAUUUCCCUCAACUAGUGCCUGAAACUCAAAAUGGGCGAGUACCAAAAAAUGAAAUUGCAAAUUUAUCCAAUUAUUAUUGGUAUUGGGGACCAAUAUCCAGGUCGCAGGCUGAAGAGAGACUUAAAGACUCACCGGACGGUGCUUUCCUAGUACGAGACUCUACAUCUGACAGGUAUUUAUUCACGAUGAGCUUCCGCAACAUAGGUAAAAUCCUGCACUGUAGAAUCGACUACACUCGCUCUGGCUACAGCCUUUUCGACCAUUUGGGCUACAACAGCAUUGCUGAGCUGGUAGAGGAUGCAGUGUCCAAGUCCAAGCACAGCGUCUAUUGCUACACCAAAACUAGGGACGACAUUCAUCCCAAUUUCCCCGUCAGACUGACCCUGCCCGUCUCCAGGUACGACAAAGUACCGACGCUCAAGUAUCUGUCACGCUUCGUCAUCAGGCAGUACGUCAUCAUCAGCGACAUGGACAAGUUGCCGUUGCCCGUGUCGCUCGUCAACUAUCUGCAAGAGGAGGGCCCGUAUUUUUAGGUUUCGUAGGUAUAUAAGUAUAGGUACGCUCGAAAAACUACAAAAACUAGGUGCUGAGUACUUAUUUUUUUUAUUUGAUUAUUAUCCAUUAUUUUUUGUUCUUAAGUUUUCAAAUUUUAUCGAAUAUAUAUGGGAAAGUGAGAUUUUUUGGUGGCUCUAAAUCAUGUUUGUUCUUUUGGACAUUUGUAAUGUCAUGACAAGCUAAGACAUUAAAUUCGGCAUUAAUGACACAUUGAACAUGAAAUUUAUCCAUUUAACGUCAAAUUUGACACAUUAAAUAUCAUUUGUGAUAUUGAUGACAUGAGAAAUUUGAUAUGUUAAAUGUCGAUUUUGAUUGUCAAAAAGUAACAUUAACUGUCAGAAUAAUUGCAUUUUAAACGGUGAUAAGAGAAAAAAAAGCGGCCACCAAAAAUAGAAUAUUUUAAUAUACAAGGAGUGUUGUGUGAUUUUAAGUAUGAAGAGAUAACGAAAAAAAAAAAUUCUGAAACAAAUUAAGACUGAUUAUUGAUUAAUAUUAGACUUUGUUCAAUGAUCAAAAAAUAUAGUUAUAUUAUGUAUAAAAAAGCAAAUUAUAGUUUUUAGUUAAUUAAACCUUGUAUAUUAAAAUUAAUUUUAUUAUUUGUUCUAUUUUAAUAAAAAAAUAUUUUAUAACUACUGUACAUAUUUAUUUGAUAUAGGUAUAUAUAUUAUAAAAGCAUUUUUUUUAUAUAUAUUCAACUAAAGGUGCCUUUGCAAAAAAGUGAGUAAAAGAAAACAACAUUCGUUUGUGUUCUUUAUUUCCAUAUCACAUUAAAAUAAAGAAAUUACAAAAAAUAUAGUCUCAAAAGUUAAAUUAUACAUCUAACAAAAUAUUUACUUUAUCGUAUAUCUCAUAUUUUGUUGACAAUUAAUUGUCAUCUGUCAAAAGUAAGUAACACUGACAUUGUUAAAAUUUUUGCUGUUACUGAGAUUUAAUUGUCAAAUUUACAUUUUAAUAUAUAAAUCGUGGAUAAGUCUAAAUACGCACAAUGUGAUUAACGGAAAAGUUUUAUGAAUGAAUAUCAGUGAUCGUUUUUCUUUCAUUUUUUAAAUAAAUGUGACAAUAAUAGUAACAUAUGAUUGUGAAUCGAUCCUUUAAUGUAUAUAUUGAUUUUCUAUUUGGUCAUCUUCAUAAAUUCUUGCUCAGUAU